UUUCAAUGCUCGAGUGGUAAGCUUCCCUAGUAGAGCGUUUCAGCAACUCCCCGUCGCACACUAUUCUGUCUUCCCUUUCACGGCGUCCUCCCUCCUUAUUGCCGACCGCUUAAAAAACCUCCGUUCCGCCACGUAUAUUCCGAGUAGACUCAACCAGGUGCAGAGAUAUUUAAGAGUCACCUCCUGUCAACCAUUACUAUUAUGGCUGACGCGCGCGUCUCUCCUCUCGUCGCAACCACUCCCUUCCUAGCCCGCCGCUCCUCGCCUUCUCUGGCUGCUCUUCGCGUGGACUUCGCUGCAACUUUCGCCACGCUCUCCCGCCUCACGUCCGCGAAAUCGCAACCGUCCGCUUCAUUAGCGUCCGGCGAAUCUCGUCGCCUCAGGAGGAGCAAACUGGCGCCAGAUUCAUUAGGUUAUGGACACCGCGUCGGCACUGCCUAUGACAGAAGUAGCGGCUUCGGCGGACGCGCGGGGAACAAGGGUCACAUAGGCGAUUUGGCCGUAACGGCAGCUGCCGGUAACCGGUGGUUUCAAGGAGGCAGCGGCCGUCAGAAUAACCGGUUUGGUGGCGGGAGUGGCGGGAGUGACGGUGGAAGCGGCGAGGAGAGCAGGAUGUGGAGAUACCCCUGGGAAUCCGGCACGCCCGGGGACGCCUCGUGGGAGGUUCGUCGCGAGAGCAUCACGUUUUUCACAUCGGAAGGCGUGUUCCAGAUCCACGACCUCACGCACGUGCCUGCACCGUCGCUGCCACCACCAUCAUCAGCGCUAUCAACACCAGCAGCAUCACCGCCAGCGUCAUCCCCAUCCUCCUCCCCCCGCCGUUUCUCCGAGCGUCGCUACAUGGACCCCCAUCAGGGGCUGUGCCUCGCCUCUCUCUUUGACAUACGCGCUUUCAACGGUCUCGACGCCUCGCGCCUCUUCUGCGUGGUGGGCUUCUGCCGCUCCCCUGAGAUGCUCUCGGACGUUGUGCAAGACACUGUGCUCAUGGCUGGCGGGGAGGUGGUUGACUCCAAGCUGGAGAUGGGGCAGGGGCUGCACGAGCAUCUGCGCCUCACUGUGGCUCUCCCCUUCCUCUUCGGCGUGCCGCCCGCCUUGGACUCGCUCAACCGGGCAAUCCGACUGGGCGGGGGGAUCGUGGACAAGAGCUACCACCAGUGGGAGAUGUGCCCCUAGGCGCUCGCAAGCAUUCUUGUAUGUACUCCUUGAGGUGUACAGGCAGGCGCUGUAUAUAGUCGUGUUUGUCCUGAGAUUGACCGAUGCCAUCCUGCAAAAAGCAUGCCACAGGGCACUUCACUGCUGGAUGGGGUGCAUUCCUCUGAUGCCCCAUCGACAGGCUUCUUCAUGUGGUUCUUGGAGAGCCUCCCGCUUGUCCCUUCUGCAUAGGGUGUUUAGUCAAUGCGUUGAGAUGCUUUGUACGCAUACAUGUGCUGCAUGAUAAUUCUUAGUGGCAUGAAGCAA